UGGGUGCAUUGGGAGGAGAUAUUUAUAUUGGGUGCUAGUGAGUGAUGGCGAUGAGGGUGUGAAUUCUAAAAGGAAAGAACAGCUGAGCUGGUCAGAAAAUCAAUGGCAUCAUCCUUGGGUUUUGAGUUCCUGACGAAGAAGCCUUACAGUCCUCCAUCCUGGGCAUCCCAUCUCCACCCUUUACCUUCCCACUUCUUCUCUCUUGCCCAUGUUUGUUUUCUUCCCACUCCAAUUCACAGAUGGAACCUUCCCAAUCUGCCCACCAAUACCGAGCUGUGGAUCAAGCGAGACGACCUUUCCGGAAUGCAGCUGAGUGGUAACAAAGUGAGGAAAUUGGAGUUCCUGAUGGCCGAUGCCAUUGCGCAAGGCGCCGACUCUAUCAUCACAAUCGGAGGCAUUCAGAGCAACCACUGUCGCGCCACCGCCGUUGCCGCCAAGUAUUUAAACCUUGACUGUUUUCUCAUCCUCCGCACUUCUGACCUCCUCGUCGAUCAAGAUCCAGGACUUACUGGCAAUCUUCUCGUCGAACGUAUGGUUGGAGCUCACGUUCACCUCAUCUCCAAACAAGAAUAUGCCAAAAUUGGCAGCGUGACACUCACCAAUGUCCUAAAAGAAAAAUUGAUCAAGGAAGGGAGGAGGCCAUAUGUUAUACCCGUUGGCGGAUCAAACUCUUUGGGAACAUGGGGUUAUAUAGAAGCAGUACGGGAAAUUGAGCAGCAGAUUCAGAAGGGGACAGGCAAUGUCAAGUUUGAUGAUAUUGUUGUUGCUUGUGGCAGUGGUGGCACAAUUGCUGGUCUGUCACUAGGAUCGUCAUUGAGUGCAUUGAAAGCAAGGGUACAUGCAUUCUCUGUUUGUGAUGACCCAGAUUACUUCCACAACUUUGCUCAAGGCUUGCUUGAUGGACUCAAGGCUGGCGUUAGCUCAAGAGAUAUUGUCCACAUUCAAAACGCCAAGGGUCUUGGCUAUGCAAUGAAUACAUCGGAGGAGCUUAAUUUUGUAAAAGAAGUUGCUGCCACUACUGGUGUUGUUCUUGACCCAGUAUACAGUGGUAAGGCUGCUUAUGCAAUGCUGAAAGAUAUGUCUGAAAAUCCAAAGAAGUGGGAAAGGAGAAAGAUCCUCUUCAUACAUACGGGUGGCCUCCUAGGAUUGUAUGACAAGGUCGAUCAGUUGGCUUCUUUUGUUGGGAAUUGGCAACGAAUGGAUGUCAAUGAAUCUGUUCCUAGGCAGGAUGGUAUUGGAAAGAUGUUCUAGAGAAGGAAAAUGAAAAAACCUGACGUUGCCAGCAUCUAUAUUUUGUACUAUCUUGCUCUAAAUAAAUUUUAUACUUAUAUUUAAUAGCCAUAUGCUCACACUGAAUCCUGCCUGAAGUUACCAUAAGAUAGUAAAGUUCCAAAAACUUAAGUGACAAAUAAAUCAAGUUUUAUUUAUUUUUA